AUGCAAGCUAUCUACGCCUCCGAAUCUUCAGCAACAGCAACAGCGCAGCUCCAACUCAGUCUUAAAUCCUUGCCAGUCCCAACUAUUUCCUCGAAUUCCAACACAGCUUUAAUUCGCGUGCACGCAGCAGGAAUUAAUCCUUCCGACCUUGCCAACGUAGUCCUUGAUCGAUUCGGAGGAAAGAAACCUAUAAUUCCAGGUCACAAUUUCCCUGGUACAGUGAUUCAAGCCUCAUCUUACCCCCAACUGGAGGGUGUUGAGACAUCGGCUGCGGGUGUUCCAUACUCAACUGCUUAUUUGAUGCUGGAGAAAGCUGCCGCACGUGCUGGAGAUGUGGUCCUGAUUUUUGGCACCAGAGGAGCAGUCGGAAAGGCUGCGAUAGAGCUUGGUCUUGCGAUAUUAGGAAAGUCGGGGCGAUAUGUUUUCGCGUCUGGCAUGAGAGGAGGUGGACCAGAAGCGAAAAUUAAUGUCAUGAAAAUGCUCGCAAUGGAUCAAAGCUUACAUGGAGUUAAUAGCUGGAGCUUUGCCUUAGCUGAGACAAAAAAUAUCAUGGAUAAUUUGGGAAAAAUGUUCGAAGAUGGAGUGAUUAACGGCCCUGAGGAGGAUUCUCUGACCAAAAUCAGACUUACAGAUGCAGUUGAAGCAUACCAGGAGGUUGCAAAAUUUGAUGGAAAGAAAUUCGUGAUUGCUAUGCAGGACCAGUAA